AUGAUUGAUCAGCAGCCUAAACUACCGUACUUUCCCAUGGAAAUGAAGUGCAGCUUGGUGGGGCCGGUCGGUCAGGACGAAAGCCGGCCACCCGGAUGUGGCCAGCCGAUGACGAGCGAGUCGGGUGGCAGCGUUGGCGGCACGAGCGAGCGGCCAGCAACCAACAUGGCCACCACCAUUAGUAGCUGUAGCGCUAAAACACCAAUUACGGCGAACGCUUCGCCACAGCAGCAGCAACAGCAACAGCACCAUCAACCGGCUCCACCUGCCACGCACGCGAUCAGCCACGGGUCGGUCACGGCGUCCCCGGCAUCCCUCGGCCAGGACGGACGAAUAUUGCUGGCCGCCGCUGCCGCCUCCGUGAUGGGCUCCGAAAACGACGUCGGCGGAGGAGCGCCCGGAGCCGUGCUCGGGAGCUCCCUGUGCGGCCAGUGCUGCAGCCCGAUCUGCGAUCGGUACAUCAUGAAGGUGGUGGACAUCACGUACCACGAGCGGUGCCUCCAGUGCACCUCCUGCUCGAUCCGCCUCAUGCACUCGUGCUUCAUGCGCGACGGGAAGCUAUACUGUCGCUUCGACUACGAGCGGCUGUACGGCAGGAACAGAUGUCUCGGAUGUGGUGAGAAGAUCGGUGCCGACGAGCUGGUAAUGCGAGCCCUGGAUAAUGUGUUCCAUCUGAAGUGCUUCAUCUGCGUCGUCUGCGGCGUGCGGCUGCAGAAGGGCGACCAGUACGUCAUCAAGCAGAGUCAGCUGUUCUGCCGGCCCGACUACGAGAAGGAAGUGGAAAUGUUCCAGGGUUACAACUACGGUAAGUGUACGGGGCUACGGGUCGCUGGGCCUCCGUUCGCUAAUCGCCAAACGAUUGUGCCUCCGUUUACAGAUGAGUACUGCUGUGAUGACAUAUUCCAGACGCGCAUCGAUGGCCGCCGGGGUCCGAAGCGACCGCGCACCAUACUGACCACGCAGCAGCGCCGUGCCUUCAAGGCGUCGUUCGACAUAUCGCCCAAACCGUGCCGGAAGAUUCGCGAAGGGCUGGCGAAGGAUACCGGACUCAGCAUUCGGAUCGUACAGGUAUGGUUCCAGAACCAACGCGCAAAGAUGAAGAAAAUCCAGAAGAAGCAGCUCAAGGAGGGCACCAAAGGGGGCCAUCAGGGUGCUGGCAACGCCGGGGGUGCCAACGGUUCCAAGAACCACAACGGCAGCAGCAGCAAGGGCCACGACUCCCCGGACGAGCUGUCGGACGGCGAGGGCCACGGCAAGUUGUCACUCCGCAUCAAAGACGAAAACUCAAGAUCAAACAACUACCUUCACGACAGCUGCAGUGAUAACGAGGGAACUGUCACCGACAACGAUGGCACGUACGGGGGACCAGCGGCAGGCGGACGACUGCUCGGUGGGCCCGAUCCGUUCAAAAUCGUCAAGGAGGAGCUCGACUUUGACGACGACUACUUCCGGCUAGCGAUGCCCCACCAUCACCAUCAUUCCGUCCCCGGCCGGUAUGGUGGAAAAUCCUUCGCAAACGAACAGCAAAAACAUUAUCACGCACCAGACCACCAAAUGGGCCCCGGAGGGUGUUCAGGCAUCAAGACGGAAAACAUGACGUCGCUCGACACUUCGCUGACGGCGGUCGCCGAAAUGGAGUACCACGGUGUGCCGCUGCAACAGUUGGCGUCAGCGUCGGCAAUGAACGGUGGCGGGUCUCCCCACGGCAUGGUCGGUGGUCCGACGCCAGCCGCGUCAACGCCGGGCAACCCGCCGAUGCCGAACCCGAUCGAUCGGCUCUACUCGAUGCAGAACUCGUACUUCUGUAACCAGGAAAAUCCGCUCCCUGCCAUCCACGGCCACAGCGGCGGACUGGGAACUCCGAACGGAACCGGAAACCAUCGGCCGCCGGCACCGCUGCAGCAGCACCAGCUACAGAACCAGAUGCACCUGCAGCCGUCACACUGCCAACCGAUGGCGUCAUCCGGUGGCCCACUGCCGCUCGGACACACUGGCCACCAACACCACUUUGCGAGCAACAAUAGUCUGCCGAGCAUGGCGCUCGGUGCCACAACCGGUCACCUUGGGGGCCAGCACGGCGUGGGCCUGUGCGGCGCCGGGCUCGAGCCGCAACCGGAAGCCGUGAUGUAA